GCCGGAAACAAGACCAGAUUCGUUUCCAAUUAGCAUGGACUAGCACUCGUGGUGGCCGGCGAAAAUAGCGACUGAUAUGGACGUCCAGAUUCAACCGUUCAAUCAACUCCACAGCCUCUUUGCUAGCGGGACCUCACCCCUGGGGCGUGGUCCCACCAGCAAAGAGGAUCGGAUAGAAAUCCUGAAUCUGGCCAUGUCGUAUGCAGAGAUACGGUUCGAUCUCGAUUUCCCUCUCCUGUCCUCGAACACGUCCAGAUUCAGACUCUCGAUUCCCGAGGCCACCGAACUCAAGCGUCAGCUUGAGGAGCUCCUGAGACUGGGUUUCAUUAAACCCAGCAACUCCCCGUGGGGUGCACUCGUCCUCUUUGCUCGCAAAGCGGACGAAACUCUUCGUCUCUGCAUCGACUAUCGCGGUCUCAACCGCUACACGGUUAAGAACAGUUACCCCAUGCCUCGUUCCGAUGAGUUGUUCGACCGCCUAGCAGGCAACCGCUUCUUUACGAAGAUUGAUCUUCGUAGCGGUUACCAUCACAUCCGCGUCGCUGCAGCCGACCAGCCGAAGACAGCGUUCCGAUCGCGGUUCGGCCACUAUGAGUUUACGGUGAUGCCAUUCGGCCUCACCAAUGCACCCGCUACCUUUCAGAGGGCGAUGAACGACAUCUUCAGGGACAUCCUGGAAGAGUACGUUCUCGUCUACCUCCACGAUAUCCUGGUCUGUAGUCGUACCCUUGAGGAGCACCUCAGACACCUCUGCGACGUCCUUGACCGCUUGCGCAGACAUGGCUUCUACGCCAAGCUGAGCAAGUGCCGCUUUGCCCAACACAAAGUGGAUUUCUUAGGACACUACGUGUCUGACCAGGGUCUCCACAUGGACGACGCGAAGAUCACUGCUAUUGCGGAGUGGCCCGCCCCCACAUCCGCCAAGCAGCUUCGCAGCUUCCUAGGCCUGACCAACUACUAUAGUAACUUCAUCUGGGGAUACGCUAGGUAUUCCUACAUCCUUACCUCCACCCUCCUCCGGAAGAACCCACCCUGGUCUUGGACACCCCUCCUCGAGGACGCCUACCGCGCCCUCAACAAGGCGGUGACAUGCGCACCGGUUCUUCACCUACCCGAUUUUGAYCGCCCUUUUAUCCUUACCACCGAUGUGUCAUACUUUCCUAUAGGAGCAGUGCUUUCUCAGGUCUUCCGCUUCUCUCCUGAUUCCUCUCAUCCUCGUAUCCCUCGCUUCCCAACACCUACCCCUACCACUGCUUCCCGACUGACGCCUACUUGUCCAGCUACUGACGAACCUUCUAUUGACUAUUCUCCUAUCAUCGCCGAGGACGGCACUGUCGAGUCUCGCUCAGGUGAUUGUCCGAUAGCCUUCUACUCCCGUCAGCUCCUGCCCGCCGAGAUAAACUACACUGCUGAUGAACGUGAGGUUCUCGCAGUAGUUUAUGCCGCUCGGCACUGGCGUCACUACCUGCAUGGGGCACCAUUCACGGUGCGCACGGACAACUCUGUUGUCCAGGCUUUUCUGACAAAGCCGCAGCUCACUCCUCGACAGGCACGCUGGUGGCGCAACCUAUCCGAGUUUAGUUUCACCACUGAGCACAUCAAGGGUGUGACUAACUGGGUCGCAGAUGCCUUAUCCCGGCGCCCUGACCAUGACCAGGAGCACAUCCAGCUCUCUUCCAUCUCGGUCACCACCGUCCACCACUCGGCGAUCGACGAGUUUCACACUCAGUACCCCUACUGCCUCGACUAUCGCGACAUCCAUGCGACCCUUCGGAGUGGCAAAACCGUACCGAACUACUCUCUCGGGGACAACGGUCUUGUGUACUGGCACGGUUCACAGGGCACCAGAGAGCCCCAUAUUUGCAUUCCCUCCACUGGACAGCUACGUGUCCGCGCAGUAGCAGAGUUCCAUGACCAGGCAGCCGCUGGUCAUAUGGGCUUCCACAAGACGUUGGCUCGUGUGAGCCGCCUGUACGUCUGGCCGAAGCGCAAGGACUUUGUGAAGGACUACGUCGCAGAGUGUCCCACCUGUCAGGAGGUGAACAGUGCGAACCACCUACCUUAUGGUUUGCUCCAGCCUCUUCCUAUCCCGGAGGGUCGUUGGCAGUCCAUCUCGAUGGACUUUAUCGGUUUGCUUCGACCUUCGACCCCCCGCGGUCAUGAUGCUAUCCUGGUCAUCAGCGACCGCUUCACGAAGCGUGCACGCUUUGUUCCAUGCCGCUAUGCCAUCAGUGCACGUGAGGUCGCCGACAUCGUAUUUGACCGAGUCGUGCGUGACCACGACUUACCUCUGACCAUCAUAUCAGACCGUGACCCGCGCUUUACCAGCCGAUUCUGGCGACGUCUCCACGAGGUGUACGACACUCAGCACCGCUUCUUCUCGUCUUACCAUCCUCAGACUGAUGGUCAGACCGAGAUCACGAACACGACUCUCGGGGAUAUUCUCCGAAAGAUUGUUCGUGACGACCAGCAGUGGGAUCUCCAUCUUGCCCACGCGGAGAUAGCCUACAACCACGCCGUCUCACCAGCCACGGGGAUGUCGCCUUACUAUUGCGACCUCGGCUACCACCCUCGUGUUCCCGCGGACUUCCUCCGACCGUCACAGAUGCACCCCGACACGAGUUGUCCCGCGCUAGAUGAUUGGGUUGCACACAUGACGUCGAUCAUUAAGACCGCACAAAGCACAUAGCCGCUUCCCAGACUCGCAUGGCAGUACGUGCGAACCGAUCGAGGAUGGACCAUCCAUUCAAAGUCGGUGAUGACAUGCCUAUCGA